ACAGCGAACAGUUGAUUGGUUUGUUUCUCUCUCUCGCUUAGAGAUAAUAUAUCAAUGUUCAACAACCACCGAAUUGAACAAGAACAGAGAUGACAUUUAAUUUAAUAUUUAAGUUUUAAGGUUAGGGGAGUAAAAAUUAAAACAUAACAAAAGGGAUUAAAGAAAAGGGUAAAGAGAGAAAAAAGAAAGAAAAGUUGGCAAGAAAAAACAUAACAUGAGCUCAAAAGGCAGAUAGAGUGAGAUAAUAAAGAGAGAGAGAAGGGGGGGUUUGUUCAUAAAGUUGGCUAGGAAUUUUGCAAAUGUCACAAGAUUCUCAGGAGAUAAAGACGAUUGAGCGGUGGAGAUGGUCCGAAAUGCAAGGCCUUGAACUUGUUUCCUCUCCUCCUUUAGACCCUUUUAAAACCAACCCAUCAACGCCUCCUUCAAACACAAUAACACCAACAAGAGAUACAAACUCAACAGAAACACAAGAACAACUACAAGGAGAAGAACAACAAGAAGUGGGAGCAUCAACUUCUUAUCAAGAAAGUGUUGUUGGAGACAGAGAAAGAGAAAUGGAGAGCUCUUCUUCUGAGCCAAAGAAAGAUGGUGGUGGGACUGGAGAGAAGCCGAGUGAUGUAUCAGGAGUUGGGUUUGGUGAACUCUUUAGAUUUGCUGAUGGUUUAGAUUAUGUUUUGAUGGGAAUUGGGUCACUUGGUGCUUUUGUACAUGGCUGUUCUUUGCCUCUCUUUCUCCGGUUCUUUGCCGAUCUUGUUAACUCAUUUGGUUCUAAUGCCAAUGACAUGGAUAAGAUGGUGCAAGAAGUUUUGAAGUACGCAUUUUACUUUCUUGUGGUUGGUGCUGCAAUCUGGGCAUCUUCAUGGGCAGAAAUAUCAUGUUGGAUGUGGACUGGAGAGAGACAAACAACCAGGAUGAGGAUAAAGUACCUGGAAGCAGCUUUGAAUCAAGACAUUCAGUUUUUUGACACCGAGGUGCGCACCAGCGACGUCGUAUUUGCCAUUAACACUGAUGCUGUGAUGGUCCAAGAUGCCAUCAGCGAGAAGCUGGGUAAUUUCAUUCACUAUAUGGCAACAUUCGUAUCUGGAUUUGUGGUGGGUUUCACUGCUGUUUGGCAAUUAGCUUUGGUUACACUCGCAGUGGUUCCUCUCAUAGCUGUCAUUGGAGCUAUCCACACCACCACUUUAGCGAAGCUCUCUGGCAAGAGCCAAGAAGCCUUAUCACAAGCCGGAAACAUCGUCGAACAGACAGUGGUUCAAAUUCGCGUGGUUUACGCAUUUGUUGGUGAAUCUAGAGCGUUACAAGCCUACUCAUCCGCAUUGAAGAUUGCUCAAAGGCUGGGUUACAAGAGUGGAUUUGCAAAGGGGAUGGGACUCGGCGCAACUUACUUUGUUGUGUUUUGUUGUUAUGCGCUUCUUUUGUGGUAUGGUGGUUACCUUGUCAGGCAUCACUUCACCAAUGGUGGACUUGCAAUAGCCACUAUGUUUGCAGUAAUGAUUGGUGGAUUGGCUUUGGGACAAUCAGCCCCUAGCAUGUCUGCAUUUGCAAAGGCAAAAGUAGCAGCUGCAAAAAUUUACCGUAUAAUCGACCAUAAGCCUGGUAUCGAUAAAAAUGCGGAAUCGGGUUUGGAAUUGGACUCAGUAACAGGACUUGUGGAGCUGAAAAAUGUCGAUUUCUCAUACCCUUCAAGGCCUGAUGUUCGGAUCCUCAACAAUUUUUGCCUUAAUGUACCAGCUGGAAAGACCAUUGCUUUAGUUGGCAGCAGUGGCUCUGGUAAAAGCACAGUGGUUUCGUUAAUUGAGAGAUUCUAUGAUCCCAGCUCAGGGCAAGUGCUGCUAGAUGGACAUGACAUAAAGUCAUUGAAGUUGAGAUGGUUGAGGCAGCAAAUAGGCCUCGUGAGCCAAGAGCCUGCUCUUUUCGCUACCACCAUUAAAGAGAACAUACUAUUGGGUAGGCCUGAUGCUGACCUCGGCGAGAUCGAAGAGGCUGCCAGAGUUGCUAAUGCCCAUUCAUUUAUCAUCAAGUUACCAGAAGGAUUUGACACUCAGGUAGGGGAGAGAGGAGUGCAGCUUUCGGGAGGGCAGAAGCAGAGAAUAGCUAUAGCUAGGGCAAUGCUGAAAAAUCCAGCAAUCCUGCUACUGGAUGAGGCAACAAGUGCACUGGACUCGGAGUCAGAAAAACUAGUGCAGGAGGCUCUUGACCGGUUCAUGAUUGGAAGGACAACGCUUGUCAUUGCUCAUCGCCUUUCCACCAUUCGCAAGGCUGACCUUGUAACUGUGCUGCAGCAAGGGACUGUCACCGAAAUUGGAACACAUGAUGAAUUGAUUUCCAAGGGAGAAAAUGGUGUCUAUGCCAAGCUCAUCAGAAUGCAGGAGAUGGCACAUGAAACCGCUCUCAACAAUGCCAGAAAGAGUAGUGCAAGGCCUUCAAGUGCCAGGAACUCAGUUAGCUCACCAAUAAUUGCCCGAAACUCCUCCUAUGGUCGAUCACCAUACUCACGCAGGCUAUCUGACUUCUCUACUUCUGAUUUUAGUCUAUCCCUUGAUGCCACACAUCCCAAUUACCGGCUUGAAAAACUAGCCUUCAAGGAGCAAGCCAGUUCAUUUUGGCGCCUUGCAAAAAUGAAUUCUCCUGAAUGGGUUUAUGCUUUAGUCGGUUCUAUAGGCUCUGUUAUCUGUGGCUCCCUAAGUGCCUUCUUUGCAUAUGUUUUAAGCGCUGUCCUCAGCGUCUACUACAAUCCAGACCAUGCAUACAUGAGCAGACAAAUUGCAAAGUAUUGCUACUUGUUAAUUGGCCUUUCAUCAGCUGCACUUGUCUUCAACACACUUCAGCAUUCCUUUUGGGACAUCGUGGGAGAAAACCUUACAAAACGUGUGAGGGAAAAAAUGCUAACAGCGGUGCUGAAAAAUGAAAUGGCAUGGUUUGAUCAAGAGGAAAAUGAGAGUGCUAGGAUUGCAGCAAGGCUGGCUCUCGAUGCCAACAAUGUCAGAUCAGCCAUUGGAGACAGGAUUUCAGUGAUUGUGCAGAACACAGCACUCAUGCUAGUUGCAUGCACUGCAGGUUUUGUUUUGCAAUGGCGCCUUGCCCUCGUUCUCAUAGCUGUCUUCCCUGUUGUUGUUGCAGCAACUGUUUUGCAGAAAAUGUUCAUGCAAGGAUUCUCAGGAGACUUGGAAGCUGCUCAUGCCAAGUCGACACAACUUGCAGCAGAAGCCAUUGCCAAUGUAAGGACUGUUGCUGCCUUCAAUUCAGAGUCAAAGAUUGUUGGCCUGUUCUGCUCCAACCUUGAAAUUCCAUUACGUCGCUGCUUUUGGAAAGGACAGAUUGCUGGAAGUGGAUUCGGGGUUGCUCAAUUUUCUCUUUAUGCUUCCUAUGCUCUUGGCCUCUGGUAUGCUUCGUGGCUUGUGAAGCAUGGGAUCUCUGAUUUCUCAAAGACAAUCCGAGUUUUCAUGGUCCUCAUGGUCUCCGCCAAUGGUGCUGCUGAAACGCUAACCCUGGCUCCUGACUUCAUCAAAGGUGGGCGAGCAAUGCGGUCAGUCUUUGAACUUCUUGACCGCAAAACAGAAAUUGAGCCUGAUGAUCCAGAUGCUACUCCAGCUCCUGACCGUCUUCGUGGGGAAGUUGAAUUAAAGCAUGUGGACUUUUCUUACCCCUCUCGCCCUGAUGUUCCAAUCUUCCGUGAUCUUUCUCUUCGUGCUCGAGCAGGCAAAACUCUUGCUCUUGUAGGUCCUAGUGGAUGUGGUAAGAGUUCAGUCAUUGCACUUAUACAGCGAUUCUAUGAACCCUCAUCUGGACGGGUUGUGGUUGAUGGGAAGGACAUUAGAAAAUACAAUCUUAAGUCUCUGCGAAGGCACAUGGCAAUUGUUCCUCAGGAACCAUGCCUCUUUGCUACUUCCAUUUAUGAGAACAUUGCUUAUGGACAUCAGUCAGCAAGUGAGUCUGAGAUCAUUGAAGCAGCUACAGCUGCCAAUGCUCACAAGUUCAUAUCUGGAUUGCCUGAUGGCUACAAAACAUUCGUCGGGGAGAGAGGAGCUCAACUUUCUGGGGGGCAGAAACAAAGAAUUGCAAUAGCUAGGGCUCUCCUUAGGAAGGCAGAGCUUAUGCUGCUAGAUGAAGCAACAAGUGCACUCGAUGCUGAGUCUGAGCGAUCAGUUCAAGAGGCUCUAGACCGCGCAUGUGCAGGAAAGACUACAAUUGUUGUUGCUCAUCGAUUAUCAACCAUCAGGAAUGCCCAUGUCAUUGCAGUAAUUGAUGAUGGGAAAGUUGCAGAACAAGGUUCCCAUUCACAUUUGUUAAAAAAUUAUCCUGAUGGGUGUUACGCCCGCAUGAUACAGUUACAGAGGUUCACACAUAGCCAAGUUAUUGGAAUGACAUCAGGUUCAAGUUCCUCAGCAAGACCCAAAGACGACGAGGAUAGAGAAGCUUACUAAGUUUAUGAUAAUACCAAGUGAAAAAAGAUUAUUUCCCUUAUACCCCCCUUAAUGAUUUUUUGGGUUUUGAUUUUCAGUU